AUGGUCGUUGCUAUUAAAAGAAAGGACUGGACACCUCCUUUUGCCUGCGACGUACGCAACUUCCGCUUUACUCCCAGAGUCCAGAGACUCAAUGAAUUGGAGGCCCUCACUCGAGUCAAGCUCAACUUCCUGGAUCAGAUUGCCAAGUUCUGGGAGCUGCAGGGGUCCAGGCUGCGCUUCCCUCAUGUGGAGAGGAAGAGCCUCGAUCUAUACCAGCUCAGCAAGAUUGUCUCCUCCGAGGGUGGCUUUGAGACAGUGUGUAAGGAGAAGAGAUGGUCCAAGGUGGGCAGCAGGAUGGGUUUCCCCCCAGGGAAAGGUAUGGGCUCUCUGCUGCGGUCCCACUUUGAGAGGAUCCUCUACCCCUAUGAGCUCUUCCAGUCUGGAGCCACGCUCACUAGUAUCCACCAUCUGUACGAGGAGGGAGAUGACGGAGAGGUGCAGGAUGAGGGCAUGGGGGAAGAGGAUGAGGAUGAAGAGAACCGAGAGAGGGACAGCCUGAGUGACGGGACUCAGAACAAGGACUGCCCGCUCCCUGAGCAACGCUCCCGCCGUCUGAAGUCCGAGGUCGGUGAUGAGCGGGAAAACAAAGAGCCCAAGACCAUGCAGCUCUUUGGCAGUGGUCCCAAGAUGGUUGGUUUAGAGAUUGUACCGGCUGAAGAUGAUGGGUUCAAUAAGAAGCAGCGUCACCUGAAGGCACAGGCCUUCGCCAUUAAGAUGCGACCACGCAAAGAAACCCUGGAGGUCAACUUUAUCCCCCAGAUUGACCUGUACAUGUGCCUGAUGUGUGGGCGGGGCAAUGAGGAGGACCGCCUCCUGCUGUGUGAUGGCUGUGAUGACAGCUACCACACCUUCUGUCUGAUUCCGCCCCUACAGGAUGUCCCUAAGGGGGACUGGCGAUGCCCCAAGUGUGUUGCUGAGGAGUGCAGUAAGCCGCGGGAGGCGUUUGGCUUUGAGCAAGCCGUGAGGGAGUACACGCUCCAGAGCUUUGGAGAGAUGGCUGACCACUUCAAGUCAGACUACUUCAACAUGCCCGUGCACAUGGUGCCUACAGAGCUAGUGGAGAAGGAGUUCUGGCGUCUGGUGAGCUCCAUCGAGGAGGAUGUCAUUGUGGAGUACGGAGCUGACAUCAGCUCUAAGGAGGUGGGCAGCGGCUUCCCCGUCAGGGAUGGCAAGAGACGGCUACUGGGAGAUGAAGAGGAGUAUGCCAAUUCAGGCUGGAACCUGAACAACAUGCCAGUCCUGGAGCAGUCGGUCCUUACCCACAUAAACGUGGAUAUCUCUGGCAUGAAGGUGCCCUGGCUCUAUGUGGGCAUGUGCUUCUCCUCCUUCUGCUGGCACAUCGAGGACCACUGGAGCUACUCCAUCAACUUCCUGCACUGGGGGGAGCCUAAAACGUGGUAUGGUGUCCCAGCCCACGCGGCAGAGCAGCUGGAGUCAGUGAUGAAGAAGCUGGCCCCAGAGCUGUUUGACUCUCAGCCUGACCUGUUGCACCAGCUUGUCACCAUCAUGAAUCCCAACGUCCUCAUGGAGCAUGGAGUGCCCGUUUUCCGCACCAACCAGUGUGCGGGGGAGUUUGUGGUGACCUUUCCCAGAGCCUACCACAGUGGCUUCAACCAGGGAUACAACUUUGCUGAGGCUGUCAACUUCUGUACCGCAGACUGGAUCCCGAUGGGUCGUCAGUGUGUGGCCCACUACCGGCGGCUCCACCGCUACUGUGUCUUCUCCCACGAGGAGCUGCUCUGCAAGAUGGCUGCCGACCCCGAGAGCCUGGACGUGGAGCUGGCUGCUGCAGUCUUCAGAGAGAUGGGAGAGAUGAUGGAGGAAGAGACACGGCUCAGACAGGCCUUGCAGGAGAUGGGUGUGCUGUCCUCGGAGCAGGAGGUGUUUGAGCUGGUCCCUGAUGACGAACGGCAGUGUCAGAAGUGUAAGACCACCUGUUUCCUGUCAGCUCUGACGUGUCCCUGCAGCCCAGAGCGUCUCGUUUGUCUGCACCACGCCAAGGAGCUAUGUGACUGUCCCCUGGGAAUCAAGUGUCUACGCUACCGGUAUGAUCUGGAGGAGUUUCCCUCCAUGCUGUAUGGGGUGAAGUCCAGAGCCCAGUCCUAUGACACCUGGGCCAAGCGGAUCACUGAGGCCUUGGCUGCUGACCACAAGAACAAGAAAGACCUGAUAGAGUUGAAGGUUCUUCUGGAGGAUGCAGAGGACAGGAAGUAUCCAGAGAACAGUCUGUUCCGUCGGCUCAGAGAGAUGGUGAAGGAGGCCGAAACCUGCUCUUCUGUGGCCCAGGUACUGCUCAGCCGCAGGCAGAGACACAGUACCAGGCAGCAUCCAGAGAGCAGCAGGAAUCGUAACAAGCUGACAGUGGAGGAGCUGAAAGUCUUUGUAGAGCAGCUGUUCAAACUGCCCUGUGUCAUCGGACAGGCUCGACAGGUCAAUGAGUUACUAGAGAACGUGGAGGACUUCCAUGAGAGAGCCCAGGUAGCCCUGGCUGACGAGCUGCCUGACUCCUCCAAGCUGCAGGCCCUGCUAGACCUGGGUGGAGGUCUGGAUGUGGAACUACCUGAGCUUCCCAGGCUCAAACAGGAGCUGCAGCAGGCCCGCUGGCUGGAUGAGGUGCGGGUGACGCUGGUAGAGCCCCACCGGGUGACCCUGGAGCUGAUGAAGCGGCUGAUAGACUCUGGGGUGGGGCUGGCACCACACCAUGCUGUGGAGAAGGCCAUGGCUGAGUUGCAGGAGAUACUCACUGUGUCAGAGAGAUGGGAGGACAAGGCCCGCGCAUGCCUACAGGCCAGGCCUCGGCACAGCAUGCUAGCCCUGGAGAGCAUCAUGAUAGAGGCCAGGAACAUACCGGCCUACCUACCCAACGUCCUGGCCCUCCGAGAGGCUCUGCACAAGGCCAAAGAGUGGAGUGCCAAGGUGGAUGCCAUUCAGGUAGUGUCGCGUCGCACGUGUGGCAGUAACUAUGCAUACCUGGAGCAGCUGGAGAGCCUGCUGGCGAGGGGUCGCUCCAUCCCCAUCCGGCUGGACCCCCUGCCCCAGGUCGAAUCCCAGGUGGCCUCAGCCCGCGCCUGGAGGGAGCGGACCGCACGCACAUUCCUCAAGAAGAACUCCACCUACACCCUGCUACAGGUCCUUAGUCCACGUGUGGAUAUUGGUAUCUACGGCAACAGCAAACGCAAACGAGUCAAGGAGCUCCUUGAGAAGGAGAGAGGUCUGGACCUGGAGGGUCUCAGCGACCUUGACGAGCGUUAUGAAGAUGCCUGUGACCCGGCCAUCGUCGUAGCGGCAUUCAAAUCCAAGGAGCAGAAAGAAGUUGAGGCCAUACACUCUCUCCGAGCUGCCAACCUGGCUAAGAUGGCCAUGUCUGACCGCAUCGAGGAGGUCAAGUUCUGUCUGUGUCGUAAGACUGCCAGCGGGUUUAUGCUGCAGUGUGAACUGUGCAAGGACUGGUUCCACGGAGCCUGUGUGCCGUUACCGAAAGCGGGCUCGCAGAAGAAGCUCAUGGGCUCGGCCGGGUGCCAGAGCAACAGCAAGGAGGCCAAAUUCCUGUGCCCGUUAUGCCAGCGCUCGCGUCGCCCGCGUCUGGAGACCAUCCUGUCUCUCCUGGUGUCCCUCCAGAAGCUGCCGGUGCGUCUGCCUGAGGGGGAGGCCCUACAGUGCCUGACGGAGAGGGCCAUGGGCUGGCAGGACCGCGCCAGGCAGGCUCUGGCUACAAACGAGCUGUCCUUGGUCCUGGCCAAGCUGUCGGUCCUCAGUCAGAGGAUGGUAGAACAGGCUGCCCGGGAGAAGACCGAGAAGAUCAUCAACGCUGAGCUGCAGAAGGCUGCCGCAAACCCUGACCUGCAGGGUCACAUCCAGACGUUCCAGCAGGCAGGGUUCAGCAGGGCAGCGUCGCCACGCCAGUCUGUCGACUACGAUGACGAGGAGACGGACUCUGACGAGGACAUCAGGGAAACAUAUGGCUACGACAUGAAGGACCCAGGUGAGGUGAAGCCGUACCUGUUUUGUGAUGAUGAGAUCCCUGUCAAGUCAGAGGAAGUAGUCAGUCACAUGUGGCCCACCACACCCUCUUUAUGCGCUGAACACGCCUACUCCUCUGCAUCCAAGUCCUGCCCUCAGAACCAGAGCACCCCCAGGAUGCAGCCCAGGAAGACGCCCCUGGUGCCUCGCUCCCUGGAGCCCCCUGUGCUGGAGCUGUCCCCCCCGGCCAAGGCCCAGUUGGAGGAGCUGAUGAUGGUGGGGGACCUGCUGGAGGUGUCCCUGGAUGAGACCCAGCACAUCUGGAGGAUCCUGGAGGCCACACACCCUCCCUCUGAGGAGAGGUUCCUACAGGUCAUGGAGCAUGAGGAUUCUCAGUUUGAGAAGCCGAUGAAGAUCAAGAUGAAGGACUCUGAGAAGAAGAGGAAGAGGAAGCUGGAGAGGGCGGAGCACCAGCUUCUCAUGGCAGCUGUCUCCGGGGUCGGAGACAUGAUGAGGUCCCCCAAGUCCUCAAAGGAUCCGAAACGGAGCCUCUUAGACCCGCUGGGGAAACCCAAGAAGAAGAAGAAGCUGAAGCUGAACCCAGAUAAGAACCGUGAACUGAAACAGCUGGCCAAGCGCCUGGCUAAAGAGGAUAAGGAGAGGAAGAGGAAGGAUAAGGCUGUGGUCAAGGCUGAGGCUGUCAGGGAGGGUCUGGACAAGAGGAAAGAGAAGAAGAUUCUGGAUAUACCGUCGAAAUACGACUGGUCUGGAGCUGAGGACUCCAAUGAUGAGAACGCUGUCUGUGCAUCCAAGAACUGUAUGAGACCCUGCAAGGAGAAGGUGGACUGGGUUCAGUGCGACGGCGGGUGUGACAAGUGGUUCCACCAGGUGUGUGUGGGUGUGACCUGCGAGAUGGCCGAGAACGAGGACUACAUCUGCAUCGACUGCACCCGCAAGUCAUCUAUCUUGAGUGGGGGCGUAGUUGGAAGUUUGGGCAGAAGCAUAGGAGGAGGAGGGGUGACAGCAGUGGUGAAGUUGGAGUGUGUUUGUGAGGAGCCAGUGGUGCUGGAAGCGCCAGUCUACAGCGGGCUGAGCCAGAUCAUUAUGCCCCCCUCCCAGACCCAAAUGAUGCCCCCCUCUACCUCCCUCCCCCAGCAGCAGCAACAGCAGCAGCCGGACACUCUAGAGAGCAGCUAGCGCAGACCCAGGACAGAGACGCACAUGCACAGUCGGCCACCACACACAAAUCCAUCCAGCCGGUAAGCUCGCAUCAGACCAUUUGAGUCUGGAAGACCCCGACUUGUUCUGACUGACAUAUUUCCCUCUUGACUUAAUGGUAGAGGAGCUUCAAAUUAAGGGUUGUCCUCAAGACUGGAUGAUGAUACUCCCUUGAGAAUAAUACUACAAAGAAAUGAGACCAUCAGCUCCUUUGAGGAGGAAAGAGAUGUAUUUUCUGCAUCACAGACAAACUCCAGAUUACCUUUUUUCCCGCUCUCCUUCCUCUUCUCUCUCCUCAUGGGAACCAAUUGUUGAUGAGGAUUUGUUUCUCUCUAAUUCAGAACUGUUAAAGAAGGCCUUAUAAUCCAGAGAACACUGUGCACAGAGCGGUUUUUACUGCACGACUUGGAAUGACCAUGGGCCGUUUCGUCUGUUUCUUGAGUUUUGGGUCUGCAACAUCCUGUACCCCCGUCUGAAAAUUAUUUGGUGCCACAGUCAGAAACUUCAGUACAGUCAUUAUGAAUCUGUGGAGGGUUAAUUAUGUGUCCCAAAUGGCACCCUAUUCUAUAUGUAGUGCACUACAUGGGAUCUGGUAAAAAGUAGUGCACUAUAAAGGGAAUAGGGUACCAUUUGGGAUGCGGUGUUACACCUCCACAUAUUCAUGAUAACUGUACUGAGUCGGCAGGUAGCCUAACUUUUUUAAGUGUUGGGCCAGUAACCGAAAAGUCUCUGGUUCGAAACCCCCUGGGCUGACUAGGUGAAAAAUGUAUCGAUGUGCUCUUGGUUAAGGUACUUAACCCUAAUUGCUCCUGUAAGUCGAUCUGGAUAAUGACAAAAAUGUAAAUGUGAAGAUUUGGGAUGCACAUUCAGUGUCAUCUUCUCUCUGCCUUUAUCCAAACAAUAAAUGCCAGCUCCAUGUAGGACAAGGAACAAUGGUUGUAUGUAGUGAUACAUAUUUAUAAUGUGUAAAUAGGUUUUAAGCAAUAAAGUGAUUGAAUGUGUCUGUUUUUGUUUUCUCACCUUUAAUAAACAAUUCCUAGUCAAAUGA